CCUUUUUAUUUACAGCUUCUCUCCAAGAUAAAAUGGCAAACCCCAAAGAGAAAACUCCAAUGUGUCUGGUAAAUGAGUUAGCCCGUUUCAAUAGAGUCCAACCCCAGUAUAAACUUCUGAAAGAAAGAGGGCCUGCUCAUUCGAAGAUGUUCUCAGUGCAACUGAGUCUUGGUGAGCAGACAUGGGAAUCCGAAGGGAGCAGUAUAAAGAAGGCUCAACAGGCUGUUGCUAAUAAAGCUUUGACUGAAUCUACACUUCCCAAACCAGUUCAGAAACCACCCAAAAGUAAUGUUAAUAAUAACCCAGGUAGUAUAACUCCAACUGUGGAACUGAAUGGGCUUGCUAUGAAAAGGGGAGAGCCUGCCAUCUACAGGCCAUUAGAUCCAAAGCCUUUCCCAAAUUAUAGAGCUAAUUACAACUUUCGGGGCAUGUACAAUCAGAGGUAUCAUUGCCCAAUGCCCAAGAUCUUUUAUGUUCAGCUGACAGUAGGAAACAAUGAAUUUUUUGGGGAAGGAAAGACUCGACAAGCUGCUAGACACAAUGCUGCCAUGAAAGCCCUUCAAGCACUGCAGAAUGAGCCUAUUCCAGAAAAAUCACCUCAGAACGGUGAAUCUGGAAAAGAAAUGGAUGAUGACAAAGAUGCAAACAAAUCUGAGAUCAGCUUAGUGUUUGAAAUUGCUCUGAAGCGAAAUAUGCCCGUCAGUUUUGAGGUUAUUAAGGAAAGUGGACCACCACAUAUGAAAAGCUUUGUUACUAGGGUGUCAGUAGGAGAGUUCUCCGCGGAAGGAGAGGGAAAUAGCAAAAAACUCUCCAAGAAGCGUGCUGCAACCACCGUCCUACAGGAGCUUAAGAAACUCCCGCCUCUUCCUGUGGUUGAAAAGCCAAAAUUAUUUUUUAAAAAACGCCCUAAAACAAUAGUAAAGGCUGGACCAGAGUAUGGUCAAGGAAUGAACCCCAUUAGCCGCCUGGCUCAAAUUCAACAGGCCAAAAAGGAGAAGGAGCCAGAUUAUGUUUUGCUUUCAGAAAGAGGAAUGCCUCGGCGUCGGGAAUUUGUGAUGCAGGUCAAAGUAGGCAAUGAAGUUGCUACUGGAACAGGACCUAACAAAAAGAUAGCCAAAAAAAAUGCUGCAGAAGCAAUGCUGUUACAGCUUGGUUAUAAAGCAUCCACUAGUCUUCAAGAUCAACUUGAUAAGACAGGGGAGAACAAAGGAUGGAGUGGUCCAAAGGCUGGGUUUCCUGAACCAACAAAUAACACUCCAAAAGGAAUUCUUCAUUUGUCUCCUGAUGUUUAUCAAGAGAUGGAAGCCAGCCGCCACAAAGUAAUCUCUGGCACUACUCUAGGCUAUUUGUCACCCAAAGAUAUGAACCAACCCUCAAGCUCUUUCUUCAGUAUAUCUCCCACAUCGAAUAGUUCAGCUACCAUUGCCAGGGAACUCCUAAUGAAUGGAACGUCUCCUACAGCUGAAGCCAUAGGUUUAAAAGGAAGUUCUCCUACUCCCCCUUGUUCUCCAGUACAACCUUCAAAACAACUGGAAUAUUUAGCAAGGAUUCAAGGCUUUCAGGUUCACUACUGUGAUAGACAAAGUGGCAAAGAGUGUGUGACCUGUCUGACAUUAGCCCCUGUGCAGAUGACUUUCCAUGCUAUUGGAAGCUCCAUUGAAGCCAGCCAUGAUCAGGAGCAAAGACAUCUAUAUCAGGAACUCCUCCAGCCAUCUUUCCUUCAUGGUGCAUGCCUGGAUUGAGUCAUUCACAAGCCCAUCUCCAAAUAGUCGCUGGCAAGAGACAAUGAGAUCACUAUGAGAUUUUUUUUUUCUUUUUUAAGAUUUUUAUGUUUUAAGCAAUCUCUACACCCAACAUAGGGCUUGAACUCAUGACCGCAAGAUCAAGAGUCACAUGCUUUACUGACUGAGCCAGUCAGGUGCCCUGAGAUCACCAUGAGUCUAAAUGCUUAGGGUGAAAUGAUUGUUGAAGAAUCAACUACAGAGACUACUACAUGAGGAAUUAAAUGCCACAUUAUAUAAUUCUAAAUGUUCUCUCAGACUCAUUAAAAAAAACAACAGGUGAACUUGAUCUUAAUAAUAUACGUUAAUUAACCCAAUAUAUCCAAAGUAUCACUUCCACAUACAAUCAGCUUUUUACAUUAUUGAGGUAUUUAACCAUUUCUCAUAUGUCUCAUUUUGGACUAGCCACACUUCCAAGUGCUCAGUACCACGUAUGUGUUGCACAGCGCAGGUCUCCGGGCAUUAUGAUUUGGUCCCUGCCCUUGUCUCCAAUCUCAUCCUUCACCAUUCACCCUGUACCUAACUAAAACCCACACUUUAUGUUCUGGCAGUAUUGAGUUCCCAUAUCUCAUGCUCUUUUGCAUCUGUGUCUUUGUCUACACUGUUCCCUCUGCCUGGGCCAUUCUCUCCUUGCUCAUAAUAGGAACUUUAAUUGUUGUAUCUGUCAGAUCCAACCAAGCUGUCAGUGGCAGUCAAUAGGCCUUCCCCAAAUCUACUUUCUGUGUUAUUCCAUUGUUAAACCUAUCAAACUAUCUUCCCAUUGUUUUUCAUAUUGGUGGACCCUGCUGGGCAGUAACCUCUUGGAGGUGCAGGGCAAUGUCUUAUUCACUUUUGAAUUCUCCUUGUCUAUGCUCUGGCAUGUAGGAGGCACUCAAUUCAUGUUUAUAGGAUGGAAUUGAAUUGGAUUUCUAAGAAAAUUAGAAUAACUUGGAUUUGGUAGAAUUAAUUUGGUAGAACUAGUGAGAGAAGUACAAUGUUUGUCCUAGUAUGCUUUCUCUCAUGGUGCCUUAUAAGGACAUUAUUUGUGAAAGCAUUCUGGUACUUUCGCAUGUUGACAUCUGAGUGUUUGCGUACUCUGAGUAUAUGUAACUGAGUAUAUGUAGCAUUUGGAAUCUGUCAGUAAUUCUUCCACUGAUCUGUUUGUAAUCUUUAAUUUUUGUAACCUAUUAUGCAUAAGCCUCCGUCCUUGUCAGUGUCCUGAAUUGCUUUCUUCAAGUUCCAGAGCCUGCCUCCUGAUUCUAGCAUUCCGUAUUGUAGUACAUAAGUCGGUAUCCACUGAAUGAUGUCACUGGAGACUGCAGUCCUCAGAAUAUAAAGAGACACGAACUUCAUAGUUUGGAGCAACAAUUACCUAAGACAAAGUUUUGUUUUGUUUUGUUUUGUUUUAUUAACAUAAAGGACACACUUAAGUGACAUUGUAUAAUAACAGACCCCAUGUCAUCAUCCUAGAGGUAUCUGUAAUAGGGUUCAGGAAUUCUUUGUGUUACAUAGAUUCAGUGUCGGUUUUGAACUUCAGCUGUUUUUCUUGUUCCACACGUCAAGCCAGAGUGCUGAGUGCCAUGGGGUGUUGACAGAGAGGGAAUGAUCACUGCCGUUGGCAGCUUCCACGAGGUCCCGGAGCUGCCAAAAUUCAAAAUGUAACCUGAUUUUCAUUUACUUUUUAUGAAAUAGGGUGCUAAGAGAGAUAUUAGAAAGGCACAUCAAUUUUAAUGUUUGCUUCGAGAAAUUGUUUUCAUAUAUACUGAUUUUUUUUAUAUUGAAAUAUUUCAGAAUAUUUCCUCUACUUGAAACGUAUCCCAUGAUUAUAGGAAAAAAAUUUCUUCUGCUGACUUUUAACUUUAUUAUAUGAAAUUCCCAUUUUACACAAGUAUAUAUUGUGGUUAAGGAAUUUAAUCAUAUCUUUUUUUUCCUUUACAUUUUAUAUUUCAGUAAUUGGCCCAGUAGUUCACAUAGUGUUUUGUUUUUGUUUUUAGAUUUUCUUUAAUUGAGAUAUAAUUGAUAUAUAUAUAACAUGGUAUUAGUUUUAAGUA